AACCAAUCGCGUGAGUUGAGGACGUAAAUAGAAACUUUUUAUUUAUAAAGCAUUGCGCCACCUGUCGGUACUAUAAACGAUAUAUCGAUUGGCCGGAAAUGCUAAAUCGAUUUUAAAAUAUAUGACCCAAUAGGAAACGCGCAAUUUUAAAAACCGCCAAUAAGAAAAAAAGCCAUGGCGGAAUGCUUCGUGACGAGACUAUAGUAGUAGAAUUCGCCAUUCACUACCACCUCGUAUGCUACGAACGCCGAGUAGGGAGUUGCAGGACCGGUUUUUGGUUUUUUUUUGUUCCCCAUUCACACCGGAAACCACGUGACUAGCGCCAAAGUGAGCGUGACACCAUCACUCCUAUCGAGUCGGACUGGUAUAAAGCUGCUGCAGACGUGCAAGCCAUUAAGGCUAAAGAACUGAGGUCGAUCGACGGUCACGUGAUGGAUUCGACCGAAAAUCCUGAAGGUGCCUUCCAGAAGAGGACUACAGAAGAGAAAGAGUAUGAGGAGGGGCACGAGGAUGCAAAGUACCAAAUGAACGGAAAGCUGGAAGACUGCGAUUUUGUGGUGCACAAAGCGGAUUACGGGGAACCGGAUAUACCGUCACCCGAUUAUAAUUCCGAGGAGGAAGAUUAUCAGGUGCACAGGAGCGAGGAUUACGUCGACAAUACGUCUUCGUACGCGUCAGACCCCCGCCGUUACAUCUAUUAUCAAGACGAGAAGGAACUCGAGGUCAUUCCCGAGGAGGACGAGGAGUUCGAGGACAUUCAAGAGAUGCAGAGUCCUUCGGGAAGUCACGUGAAGGAUGGUAUCGACGAUGAAAGUACAAAAAUCAGCCAGACAGAGUGUGAUUCGGGUGUCACGGAUGAUCAACGCAGCAGUGCUGCAGAGGAGUGCGAUUUAGAGGACGACGAAUGUGAUAAGCUGAGUCUGGGGGAUACAGACAGUGCCAAAGGUUCCCUACUUCCGGAUUCCGUCAGCCAGUCUCCCACUUGUUCCGACAGGCUGUCAUUCCGCGUGAUGGCAGAUUCCGGUCAUCCGCAGUCUCCGGAUGUGACGGGAACUCUUUCGAGUGACGAACGGACCAAGUUUGCUCAGGAAAACUAUUUAAUUCGCGAGACCCACGCGGAUCUCAACAUCAUGAAUGGCACCAAUCUGAAAGUUGUUAAGGAUAUGCAGUGUAAAGUUCAACAGGUGGAAGAAGUACAAAGUGUUCAGGUGGAUACUAGGCAGGCGAAUGCGACGGAAGAAGAAGAGGAGGAGGAGGAGCCGGACGUGAGGAGAACGAAGAAUCUGACUUCGUCUUGGGAUCCGACAAAUCUCCUUAACAAACUCUAUCGUUUGGAAUAUGUUCAAGUGCUUCCUAACAAAAGUGCCAUUUAUAUAAAUAUUGAAGGCUAUCUGGAAAAGUUACCUUCGGGGCGGAAGAAAGCCACUUACUGGAACCCCUGGAAGAGAAGGUAUUUUCAAGCCAAGGAUGGAUAUCUGUAUUGUUUUGAGAACAGUCAGUGCGACAAAGCGACGACCAAACUGAGCCUGAUGGGUGGUUCUGUGGAUAGUCUAGAAAACAACAUGCUGGGAAUCGACGACAAGAAAGGGCAUUACAUUGUUGUGAAGUGUGGCAACAGAGAAGAUAUGGAAGAGUGGAAGAGGGCCUUGCUCUCUCAGUGUGCGGAAGACGUAGCUCUAAGUUACGUUCAUCCCGUACAGUUUCCUCUUAAAAAUCACAGGGACGUGAUCAUCAUAGAUUUGGGUAGUUGUUCGAUACGCGCAGGCAUCUUGAUGGAUCAACCCACCCUACCGCAAGUGUUCUUCCCUACUGUUUGCUCCGUAGACAAGAUAAGUGGAAAAGAGACGUUUGGUAUGGAAUGCCUCUUACCAGACAUUAGGCAGAAAGCUACGUUAUCGUUUCCUGUUCUUCCUUCUGCAAAAAUUACAAAGUACACGUUCGACGUCGAAAGGUUUCCAAACUUACUAACUAAAGUAUUUCAGGAAUUAAAUGUAAAUCCUUCGCAAUUCAAGGUUCAACUCUGCAUUCCACGCAGUUUCAGUCUGCAGACACAAAUCAUCGUGGUUAAGACAUUGUUGGAAGAGUUUGGUGUUCAGGCCAUCAAUCUGACUCACCAGGCCAUUGCUUCGCUGUACGCAUACAAUGCGACGUCUGGUAUAGUGGUAGAUAUCGGUGAUCGUUUGGAUAUUCUUCCCAUAAUCGAUGGUUACAUAGUAGAAAGUGGAGUGAGUAGAUUACCGUACGGCGGACAAAGGAUAAUUCAUCACUUAAGACACAAUCUGGCUCAAAAGCACAUAAGUUUAGUAAGUGACGUGGAAUCGUUCAUUGUGAGAUACAUAUUGGAACAAUCGUGCUACAUAGCGCAGAAUUACGAAGAGGAGAUGGAAAGAUUCCGCAACGACCCCGAAAGCGUAGAAAAAUGCGUGUCUGUUAAAGAAUUCUUCCACGAUGAAUCCCCAUGGGAGGAAAUUACGUUAGAUUACGGGAGAUUUCAGGCACCGGAGGGAUUGUUCACACCCGAUUUAUGGGGACUGGAUAACCCAGGCUUACAUAAAUUAGUUCAUUUUGCCAUUAAAGAAUGUAGCAUGGAUAUCAGGAGAGAGAUGGCAAGAAGUAUUUACGUCAGCGGCGGUGUCUCUCUGUUAAACGGGUUUGCUGAACGAUUACAAGCAGAAGUAGAUAAGCUUACCCCUCCAACUGUAACACCUAAAGUCCACGCAUCUCCUUAUCGCUAUCACAUGGCAUAUUUGGGUGCCUGUCAGUUGGCCGCUUCUAAAGAGUUCGAUCAAGUGUGCGUUACACCACAGGAGUGGAAACAACAAGGAAAUGCUUGUCUAAAGAAGUGGCAUCUCUAACAAUAGCAUAUUUUACAGUCAGGGAGUACUUUGUAGUGCAGUUCGGCACAGAAGAAUCGGUAUAAUCUGGACUGCCAUUUUGUGUAUAACUUAAAAACAGGACCCAUUAGAGGCAUGCGCUACUUAAAAAUCAGCGUGCCAAUCUAC